CCCUUGUGCCGGAGGAGGACCCCAGACGCUGGCGCCGCAGCUGCGCACGCGUAAAACCUCUGCACAUUUCAAAACAAUCACUUUACAGUAUUUCUCUGUACGUUAUAAACAUUUUAAAUAGCAAACAUACCUUUUUAUAUAUUAUAUACAUUCUAACACACCUCAGGCAAUCUUCUUUAAUCUGUUUGAAGGUGAGAUAUAACGCAGAAAAUAAAUGCUGAAUGGGGGAUGGACACAUACAGUUUAAGUGAUGAUCUGCAGUCUGAUGCUGCUAGACAACAGGAGAGACAUUAUUACCUACUGUCAGAACUACAGACACUUGUGAAAGAUCUGCCCAGCUCAUUUCAGCAGCGUCUGUCGUAUACGACGCUCAGCGAUCUUGCUCAGGCUCUCAUUGACGGGACGGUGUAUGAAAUAGUUCAAGGACUGCUGGACAUUCAACACCUGACAGAGAAAAACCUCUACAACCAGAGACAGAAACUACACAGUGAACACAGAGCACUUAAGCAGGAUUUGGUUCGAAAACACAGACAAGCGCUGCAGACGUGCAAGUCUCACAAUGUGGCCGUUCUGAAAACUAACCAGCGGUCUGAAACAGAGGCUCUGGAGCAGCGUGUAAAAGAUGAACAGAGGAUGAUGGAUGAGAAGAUUGUAGCUGAAAUGGAUCAGAAGGUUCUUGACCAGCAGAACACGCUGGAGAAAGCUGGUGUACCUGGAUUCUACAUCACUACUAAUCCACAGGAGUUGAUGAUGCAGAUGAAUCUUCUGGAGUUAAUACUGAAGCUUCAACAGAAAGAGAUGCUUUCAGAAACGCUGCCCUGAGAUCAGCUUAAGUGAAUUAUGAUCUCUGAUGCUGCUGUGUACAUAAACACGUAUUAACCCUUUCAAACUAAAACUACCCGUGUAAAAAAUAUCUGAAAAUGAGCAACUGGUUGUUCAGCAAGAUGCAUUUUUCGUUUGAAUGUUAUUCAAGAUUAAAUGGCUGUAAGACUUUAAUUUUGAACUUUGAAACCUGUUGACAUGAAUACUGAUGUACAAGAUGUACAAGACUUUUUUGAUUAUAAAUAUUGUUUUAUACAUUUGUAAAAAGCUUGAACUGCAAACAUUUAAUUAGUUAGGAUUUUUGUUAAAUUAUUUUUUGAAUAAUUAUUAAAAUGAUUAUUCUUUA